UAGCUCUUUCCACCUCUUUCCUGUUUUGUGUGAGUGCUUGCUUGAGACUGAGUGGAAGAACGUGCUGGUAAGGUCCUUUAAAAAAAGACCCUGGCCAGUUAUUUAGGUUGCGUGUGGGAAUGUGAGUAGUUUAGAUCAUAUACUAUCAUUUGCACACGUUAUGAAACAGGAAGUUAUUUAUUUGUAUAUAUGAGAGAAUAGCAAGGGAACAAAAAAGCAAAGACGAAGAAACAACAGACUGCCUUGUUGUUUGCAAGUCAGUAGCGAGCUAGCUGUCUGCAAGUUGUCAAAUUUAGCCAUAGUCUAUCAUAGAGCAAACGAUCCAGUGUUUUGAAGAUGUCUACGGGAUGUCAGAACAACGCCACUAGCAAGGCCAUUCCGACAACCAGGAGAGUCACCAUUAACGACGCGGAGCACAUGCCCCACGAUUACUCCACAACUCCCGGAGGAACGCUGUUUAGCACAACCCCUGGAGGUACCAGGAUCAUCUACGAUCGGAAGUUUCUCCUGGAGUGCCGCAGGUCCCCAGUGGCCAGGACCCCACCUCGCUGCCUGCCCGACAUUCCAGGGGUGACGAGCCCUCCGUCCAAACUCAUCCUCCAGGACAAGGCCCAGAAGGGAGAACCACUCGUCAACGUCAACAACAACAUCAUCGUCCCACCUGCUGACAAGAGCGGAGCCGGAGAUGAUGCACAGUUUGAAAUGGACAUCUAACCGCUUGGCCAGUGGAAGGACGUGAAUCACCUACCCCUGUAACCAUGAUGCUGAAGAGGGCCCCCCUCGACCCUGCUUCUCUCUGUCCCUCCCCCUUUAACCAUCCUUCCGUUUCCAUUCAGUCCGCUCUUCCGCUGUUGUAAACGACAAAAUCUCUGCUACGACUGUGAAACCUGAGGCACGAGAGGGUUGAGACCGUUCAGUGUGAUUAUAACGUCGGUUGUGCCUUGUAUGUUUCAGAGUAGCUACUGUUAAACGUAAACACAGAACACCGAACUUGACUUAUUUUCUAUCUACUCAACCUUUUGUACCCGGAAUGUGCCGGAAAAACAGCGGGUGGAUUUUUCUCGCUGGAAGCGGUAGGCCUUUUAUUUGUAUUCUAUGGAUUUGAUGAUUCUCUCACGUCGUGGUGACGUCUGAAUGACCUUUAACCUUCAUACCCAAUCACCAUCAAGUCUGUCUUCAGGUUGCCUUUGAAAUACUGCACCAAUUUAUAAUUGUUUUUCUGAU